AUAUCCCACAUUACAGGGUCUGUCUUGUUGGGGGUCGAACAACCGUAUGUGAGAUAUCCACAGUGUUAUUAUAUUUUGCUGCGCCUACAAUUAUAAUAUAACGAAACACCCUAUGUCUUAUGAGAAUACAUACGUGUAAGAUAUACUCAACCAAUUUGCAAACUAGGUCAAUCGGUGAUGUUGCCUUGGUACUUCCUGAUUCCGGGGUUGACUGUGAAAAAUUUUUUAACACAAAUCGAUACUCUUGUUUACCGCCAGUACCGGCACCUAGCAACCGUAACGCAUUGUUUUGUGCGCGAAAAAAGAAAAGAUAAAAGUGAAAUUAACUGGUUACUGUGAAAAUGGAGGAGGAGAAGGAUAAAGAGGAAAGCGACGACUGGAAAAUGUUCGAAGUGGGGAACAGCAAGAGUCCGAUCGAGGUGGAGGAACCAGAUAUUGGUAAUGACUUGAUCACCACAUUGAGGAGUGACGUGGCCGGCCUCCAAUACAAACGGGAUAAAUUAAUAUCAGAAAACAGCGAGCUCAAAAACAUGAUGUUGUCACGAGACCAGCGAAUCCUGGAGCAGCAGGUGGAGCUGGAGCGGCUGCGCGAGCAGGCGGCGCGGCAGCUGGCCGUGGCGGGGUCGCUGCGCCAGCAGCUGGCGGCGGCGGGCGAGGCGCAGCGCGCGCUGCAGGCCGCCGCCGCGCGCCAGGACCUCGCCGUGCACACGCUCGAGCGCGACAACCGUUACUACGAGGACAAGGUCAAGGACCUCGAGAAGAAGCUGCGCUCGCUGGAGCUGGAGUGCGGCAGCGAGGAGCAGCAGAAGGAGAGCGCGCGAGCCCAGCUGCACGAGCUGCUGCGCCGCCUGUCCGCCGCGCUGGACGCCGACUGGGCCGACGCCGCGCACGCGCCCGAGACGCUCGUGAUGAAGGCGGCCGAGCUCGUGCAGGAGACGGCGCGGCUGAAGGGCCGGUGCACGCAGGCGGCGGAGGGGCUGGCGGGCGCGGAGCAGGAGCUGCGCAGCUGCCGCGACGCGCUGGAGCGCUGCGGCGCCGAGCGCGACGUGCUGCAGCGGCAGGCGGCGGCGCAGCAGCUGGAGCUGGCCCGCCUGCGCGCCGACCGCGACACGCUGGCCGCGACCGCGCGCGCGCUCGAGCGGGACCUGCACGCCGCGCGCGACCAGCUCGCCGUCACCGCCAAGAACCUCACCGUCGUCACCGACAACGUCAACCAGAACGACUCCAUUAUUAUGCAGCUUAAAGAGGACCUGCGUCAUCGCGAGGACAAGUACCAGCGGCUGCAGGCAGACUUCCGCAACACGCUCGAGUCGGUCGCCAUCCUGCUCAGUCUGCCGGCGAGGUUCGUCGAGGCUCACGAGAGCUCCAUCAAGGACAGAAUACGAGAGAUAUUGAGCGAAAACAAGGAUAAAACAGUGCAAAUCGAAGCGCUCCGCGAGAAGCUGUCGGUAGAAGCGCAGCUGCACGGGGAGGCGGCGGCGCGCGCUCGCGUGCUGCAGGAUGAACGCGCGCUGCUCGAGGCCAAGCUGUGCAAGCUGGAGGCCGAGCUGGCCGCCGCAGAGCUCGCACGGGACGGCCUCCGGAAGGACAAGGCCAAUUUCGUGUCGUUCCUGGAGCGCCUGGGCCGCACCCUCGGGCUGGAGGCGGCCGAGCUGCCGCCGCGCGCCGACGCCGUGUUGUUGCGCGCCGAGCAGCUGGCAAGGCUCGAGAGCGACAAGAUCGUCGAUAAGCUGGUGUAUUACGGGUACUAUGGCACGCUGCCGCGGCUGCGCAGGGAGCGGUCCUUACACGACCUGCCAUGCCUGAAGGAAACGGCGGUGGUGUACCAGCUGCAGCGGCGCGUGCGCACGCUCCGCGAGCAGCUGCAGCGCCGGGACCUGCAUCUCGACCUGCUGCGCCGCAAGCUCAGCGUGCAGGAGGAGAGCAGCCGCGCCCGCGCCGUGCUACAAGCGGAGCGCGACGAGGCGGCGGCGCGCGGCAAGAAGCUGGCGCGGCAGAGCGACAAGCUGGCGGCGCAGCUCAGCGACGCGCGCGCACAGAUACAGGACCUCCACGCACAGUUGGCUGAUGCUGCGGAAUAUAAGAUAACGUCGCUGGAGCGAGCGCGCAAGAUCGAGGAGCUGCAGAAGAAACUGGAGGAGUUGGAGAUGACGCGCGCCCGGUACAACCGGAAGGUGACGGUGCUACGCGACCAGGUGCGUUCGACGGGUGAAACCGUGGAGGCGGAGCGAGCAGCAAGUGACCACCAGGCGGCGCUGCUGCGCGACGACCUCGCGCGCGCCAAGCAGGCGCUGGCCGACGCGCAGAGGAGAGAGGCGCAGCUGUGCAGCUUCAGGAACUCGAUAGCCAAGCUGCUCGGCAUCGCGCUACCAGCUUCAGUCUCGGACCUGGAGAUGGUGUCUCGUCUGCAGAAGCUCAUCGACGCCCACCACGACUUCACCGUGGUGUCCCGUCGCUAUGAUGACCCCGCCCUGCUGCGCGCCGCGAGCCGCUCGCCGCCGCCCUCGCGCUCCCGGACUAGGACGCCUGAUAGGUCGCUCCGGUACGACGACUCCGGCUACGCGGACCCCGCCUUUGAUCUGGACGACGAGCUGUACAAGGCGCGCGCCGGCUUGUGACGCAGCCGCACCCGCCUCUACUGAGGAAGAUGACUCGAGGGACCAAGCGAUCUCGAGAGAACCAGACUAUUGGACCAAGCGAUCGCUAGAGACCCGGCGAUGGGGUUAGGCUGAAAUCAGACGGACUGCG